AUGGCAAUGGAUUUUGACUGCAAAUGGUCUCCUAUGACAACAUCACAGGUACGUUACGAUUACGUUGCUUUGCUUGAGUUCUAAUGAAAAUAUGUUCAAGUGAUGUCAGAAUUUACGCGAAAUCAAGUUGGAAAUAAACAAGCAAAGUAAACCUUUCAAAAUAGUUACAGAAACACGGACAAAGUCUGUUUACAGCUUCGUUUAACCAAUACCUUUCGAGUAAUUGAACGCUUUUUAAUUGUCCGCCGUCACGCUUGAGUUUCUGUCGAGCCCCAUGAGACAUCGCUACCCAAGUCUAUUAACGCUCUCGUGUUCUUUCUUUUAAUAAAACCAAUAUCCUGAACACCAUAUUGUAGGAAGCUAAAAGAACGACCCUCUUUUGUUUCUGAAGAUCGUAUUGGAGACAAGGUCGACAAUAUUCUCGAUCGAGAGAGUGAACUUCAUUAAUAAUAUUGCACUUGACAGUUUGCAUCUUCUUCUAAGCAAGUAAGAUCGACGACAAUAGCGGCCUCUCUCUUUAGUUUGUACCUGCAUAUUUUAAGUUUCAAAAGACUUCUAAUUACAAAUGCAUUGUGUUUCUAUUACCUCAACGAAAUGAAAAUGGGCAAGAGCUUGAAGCGUGAAGCUCUCAAAAAAUUUUUGUGGGAUCUAAAACCGACCAGGAUCUAACUGUAAUUGAGUAGAAGUUGCGUAAAAUAUCAGGUAUACUUUCUCUUUUUUACUUAACUUAUGGAUUACAUUAAUAAGAUCUUAAAAGCAGCCAUCCCUCACCAUCUUAGUUGAUGCUAACAAGACUAAAUUCUGUAAGUACUUAUCCAUAAUUUUGAUUAAAUCUGUUUCCUGUCGAAGACAGAGGAAAACAUUUGUGGAUUGCAGGGACAAAGGAGUGGUUAUUCCGGUUGAUUUCUGUCCGUGGAGCAGAUAUGUGUGCGUCACUUCCAAGCCAAUAAGACGUUGUCAUGAUGUUCAUUCAGUCAGCUCUAAAAGUUACAAAUGUGAAUAUUUGGUUUGCCUUGUGUAGAUUUUAUACUUAAAUAAAUUUGUAAAGCGAGUUUGUUUUACUUUUUGCAUUAGGCAUUUUGGCAAGAGAUGUCGGGGGAUCGUGACAUCAUGAGAACUGGAAUCGCCGAGAGGGUUCAAGCCGGACGCUCGCCACCGCUUAGAAGACGAAGAACAAGGGAAUAUAUUCCAAACUCCAGAUCAACACAAAGGCAAGGUUAUCUGGAUCAAAACUUGCACGAAAGCAGCUUAUUCAGUGAUGAAUUGACUUACGGAACCCGUGAUGCUAGUGGGCGUCUUUAUCCCGACGAGAAUAUGAACAAUUUUACUCGUUCAUCUAGCGAAAACCAACACCAUUUGCAGGACAUUUUACGAGUGAUGCCCGAGAACUCGCACCUGAGCGAAAGGUAUCAGAUACUCAAAGCGGAGAAUAAAAUACUCCGUGAGCGUUUGCAAAAUGCGCUACAAAGGGAAAUGAAGGCACUUAAGACAUUUAAGAGACUUGCUAAAGAAAACAGGCAACUUAAGCUGAACUUAAGAAAAUACGAGAGAACAUUGCUUGGAUUCUACGACGAUGACACAGGUACGCGGUCUAUUAGAAUUAAAAUUUUGUAGUGUUGGGAAAAAUUGCGAUUCUACUGCCCUAAAUUUUUCACCGGCUUUAAAAAGGGAACAAGCAAAUGAACAAGGAACCUCUCUCAGUCAACAAAUUGUACCUGCGAUUAGCGGUUUGCGUUUUGUUUGUUUACAGCAAAAAUGUUUCGCUCAGCAAACAAAUUCAUUAAUGAAGUAUUCGUGAUAACACCUGACAGCUUCAAAAGAAAAUAACAUUAAUUGUUUGUGUGGCUUGCUUGCAAUAGUUCCGCUUCUAAUUAUGUACCAAUGGUGUCAUUUUUACCCACUUAAAUGUUCUUAUGAAUGCAUCGGUCAUAACACGUUUUUUUCUUUGAUAGAAUCUAAACGAAUCAAACUGAAUAGAGCGGCGCACUUAUUUCCGUAAUGUAUUCAAGUAACUAUUUUUUUGCGUCUCGAAUUCUCAAAUCAGCCUAUUUCACAUUCGGCACGGAGAGAGAAAGCGCAAAAGCGAAGAUAAAAUCUGCGGUAUUGUAUCUUAAAGAGUUCAACUUUUGAGCUCUAAGACCAUGUACGAUGUUAAUUUUGACACAGUUUAACUCGAUAUACCAAAGAAUAUUUCUAUCGGUCACUUAUAUCGAUAUGAUUGGAAGCCUAACAAAUUUUUUCACGGUCGAGUCCAGAAAACAUGAUAAAAACCUAUGAAAAGAAAUCUUUUGUGUCUGGAAACCACUGCGCUUUCAUCAGUUGGGUAAAAUUGUAUGAACACUUUUUCCACUUUUCAUUUGUUUUUGUUGUAAAUUUUGGUUUUUCUUGAUACCUCUUGCGCGCUAAACGCCAUAACGAUCUUCGCCAUAGCCGGAUAAACUGAAUUCUAAUUUAGGCAAUAAGCUUCUUAAGAAAAAAAAUCUAAUGGAAAUUUCGCUUACAUUUUCCCGCUUUUGUAAACAAUUAUCGUAAUCGUAUUUCACCUUCUGUGAGUAAAAUUAAGGUGUUCUGCAGACACGUUUCCAGAAUCAUAUUGUUUAAGAAUUAGUAUGAAUGUGGAAUGAAGGAAAAACGGCGAUUGGGUGAAAGGAUUGUUUACUUUGUGAACUUUUCAGUUGGGCUGAUCCCUACGAAUUGUGUUUUAUUCGUGUGUCAUUUUUGGAGUUACAGCGAAGGAUUUUUUUAGGCUGAAAUAUGCUCUCCUUAAAAUUUACGUAAUGUGUAUCUCAGUAAAACUGACGAUUUGGCUCAGUAAAACCCUUCGCUUCAUUCAGUUUAGCUUCAAUCUAAGAUAGUCAAAUAAAGGAAUGAAGGCUCACAAGGAAUUUGAAAUUUGCUCCAAAAUCCAUCUAACUUGCGGUUCUUUCAUUUUAUUUCUGUUCAUUUAUUUCUUUUGAAAACCAUUUCCUGUUUUUUAUCACUUUGUGCUGUAGCUCAGUCUUUGUCUCAGACCACGUUCCAACCAGCGGGCGUUUUUGAGACGUGAGCAGGAUAUUUUGACCUUUGAUCGACUUAUUGUGCGACAUGAAAGACUUGAUCCAGAGUAAAUCUUUCGAAAACAAAUGUUUUGUCAACAGAACUUAAAGUUUCCUUGGAUCAUUACAUAACUUACGUCACUUAGCAGUUUCCCUUAUUAAAGUGGAAUUUACUCAAAGCCCUUAACAGCAAAAGUACAAAGCGACAGAUUGAAGAAAUUGAUUAUAUAACAACCUGAAGUCACUUUGCGAUGGUAAUUCAUCAUGCCUCUAUAACAUUAAACAAAACUUCAACAUAUUUUGAAUGCAAAUUGCAAAAAAAAAAACAACAAACAACAACACGUUUUGGAUCAGAUGCCAGUGACUAUGCUCAAUUGCCUCCUGCACCUUGCGGGGAAAUAAAAUGUUCAGAACGGCUAGUAUCGGAAUGAACAGAAGCAGAGCCGUGAUGGUCCCACCACGAACUGCUGAUGAUUAUGGAGUAAUUAAACUAAAACUUCGCGCUGUAAGGUCGCAGAGUGUGGCAGGGUUACAUUAUAUUUAUCUUACAGCUGAAAGGCCCCAGACAACCAGCGAACGCUAUUCUGUCGCACCACUGGCAGGUGAUCACGAUUGAACUGAUACAUGUAAAGAUAUGCACGUCUUUAUUAACCAGAUGAGUUCUUUUUAUAUCGUUUCAUCGUAAAAUAUGCUCUAAAACAUUGUUAAGAUAUUAUACGCCGCAUAAUUUUCGAGAAAGAGGAAACGAAGUAAUCUCAACUUUUAAAAUAUCGGAUUUCUUUUUUGGCUGAUUUUGGAUCAUGUCGAUCUCUUAAAAACAAUGCAAAAUAAAAGUAGGAAGGGCUUUUUCAUUUUAUUUUUUACGAACAAACGCGACCACGAACAUAUACUUAGCAAUUGAACUAUUAUAACAAGACCGUUUUACUUUUAGUCUGUAGACUGUGGAGUGUUUACGUGUCUGUGCAUACAUUUUACGAUUAGGGAUUCAUUGAUUAGACACAUCCCUCUUUAUGCCACGAGCGUAUAAGCGUAUAAUUAGCAUGUAAAAUUGAAUUCUCUCUAAAGCCUUGGCCUUGAUUGUUCAAAGGUUGGAUAACCCUAUCCACAAGAUAAAUCUCUAUCUGGUGGAUAGCGCAGUACAUUUUAUAAUCACUUGUCUGCUGGAUAGCGAUUUAUCCGUUGGAUAGCGUUAUCCGCCCCUUAUACAACUGGGCCCCAAUCUUUGUAAUAUUUUCUUUUUAGUGCCAAAUAUUUCCAGAUCGUGCAAAAUCACUCGUUGACCCUGAGCUGUAAAAUAGUUUUAUGACGCACAGGGAAGUUAAAUUAGUCAUGGCUUUGUUUUAAUGAUAACAAUUACGUGAUUAGAUGAUAGUCAGUUGUACCUUUACCGCAGACCAAUUAUUGUGAUCUUAAAUAGUCAUUAGCCCUUAAGAAGAGUGUUAUAUAAAUAUUCUGGAAACAAAAACUUUUUCUGUUUCAGUCUCAAGUACUGGGCUUCGUGAAAUAUUCUGUUCUCCGUUUGCGUGGUCCGUUUCUGUAUUUAUGUCAUGUAACCUUGGCACAUCAAGACAAUUUACUAUUGUAUUUUUUUUCGCUUACCGCACAAAUGAUGAAAACUGUAACGAUCAUCCAUUGACCAUAUAUCGUCCUGACUGACAUGCCAAAAACUUCGUUUUAGUCCUUGAUUUCUGGAAUAACGAAGAGCCAGCUUGCAUUAAAUAAUGGUCCAUAAUAAGAAACUUGCAAUUGUCUGUUGUGGCAUAAAUGUGAAACAACUAUCAAUAUCUGUAGAAUUGUGUGUUUAUUAAUGUGUAUGCCGAUUUUGUAUUUCUUGAAUAUUCUAUGGACUAGAUUAACAGGCCAUGUUUAUUGCCUCGCUAAUGUUGCACACAGAGAGAAGCGCCUACAUACCGCUUCGGUUUUCAAGGGUCUUGAAAGACUUGACCACAAAGUAUCAUCUCGUGCUUCAUUAAAACUACAAUAGGUGACCUCUAUAAAUUUAUGAAAUAGCAAUAAUAUUUUUAAAAAAGGAAAUAUGAUCCCUUUAGUUUUUUAAAGUAAAAAAUCUCCAUAUGAGAUACCUUUAGCCACUUCAACGGCAAACUACGUGCAGCUAGUUUAGAAUAUAACUUUAACGCAUCAAUAAGGAUGCUCAGAGUCAAAUUGUUUGCGUUUAAAACAAAUCAAGUGUUAAGAAGCCUUAAAGUUUUUAUUCUUUUCUCAAAACGGUUUUCAAAGUUUUACGUUGAAUUACAUUGUUCCUAUCUGUGAUUUUAUUAAGAUUCAGACCACAGUGAGCAUCCAAAAGAUCCAGACUUUGGCGCCAAUUUGUCACAGGAAAACAGCACAGUGUUACACGGGGAGGACCUCUGCAACGGGCAAGAAUCGCCAGAAAGAGACUGUAAUCAGACACCUCAGCCCUUAAAAGAAACUAAGAGUACAUCCACAUCAACUGAGGAUAUAAUUUUAACGGGUAAAGAAGAUAAAUGCACAUCAACGGAUGAUUUGGAAAUUUUUGGACUAAAAACGGAGUCUGCUGAAAGCUCAGACACUGAGAACAACGACGACAAGGUGCCCGAGUGCGCGGGACCUGAGUGCCAUGCUACAAGUCUCAUUGAGACAAGUAAUAACGCAUGCGCAAGGCGUGAAUACCCAGCUCCAAAUCUGACUGAUGCAACAAAAGUACAGUUCUUGCAAUCUCAGCUACUCGCCAUGCGAACACAAAGUGUACAAGAACGAAGGAAAUUCAGCGAUACUCGACGAUAUUGGACGGAUCCCGUGAUAGCCAACAAUUUAGGUGUGAAGGAACUGAAAAGAGCGUCCAGUUCACCGAGCUUACUGGGUGAGUCAGCUAUUUCCUGAGCAGCGGUUACUAAAGUAGAAAUAAACUUGUUGUCAAACAACAUGGAGUCAGCAGAGGGCGUAGGUUUCAGAUGGACUCGCUAUGAAAUCCUUUUCCUUCCCAUCCAUAAAGCGAUGUUCUUUGUGGUUCAAAUAGAAACACGUUUAACAUUAAAAAUUUCAUUUUGCAGAUGGAUGUGGCGAGAACACUACAGAGAAAAAGAAUCUCCAUCGUAAAGAUGCUGCGUCGAUCCCAAAACGACGCGUGUCGGACGGCAAUAAUCCUUUCUCAUCUGAUUUUAUUCCUCGGUCGCGACCAUCGUCAUUUAAUGAUGGUGAGCUUAGCACAGUCCCUGAGGUGACUAUUUCUCAAGAUGAAGAGUGUAAUGACAGUGAAGACAGCUCCAGAUCACCUUCUCCUAAUUCAAGGGUAGGGUUCAUCUUCAACUUCAGAGUCACCCUUGACGUCUUAUUUUUCUUUAAUCAAUGAUUCUAAGUAAUAUUGUCUUUUCUUACCUAAAAAAAACACCUUCAAGAACUGAAGUAAAUAGCGGUCUUUAUUUUGUUUAUGUCAACUCAAUUAUAAGGUAUCUCGUUUUACGGGUCCGUUAAGCUACCUUCUCAAACUCAUUAAUAAUUCAUGCUGAGAAAACAAUGGAAAUUACAACCGUGAAGGAGGUUUGGAUAUGUGAUCUUAAUUAUCAUAAAAUUUGGUGAACUUUUGCUUCGAUUUUCUCCUAGAAUCAUUAAUGGUUUGAGAAGCUAUAUCAAACAUUCGAAAGGGUGUUUCAUCCAAUAUCCAAACACCUUGAAGUCGGUUAAAAAAAACUCGGCUGCGUCUCAUUUUUUCAACCAGUUCUCAGUGUUGGAUAUCGGAUGAAACACUCUUCCUCGUGUUUGAUAUAUUACGUGACCUUAGAGAAACGGCCUCAGUUCUGAUCCUCUCCUGAUCCAUUUCACAGCAUUCUCAAGAUGAUCUGGCGUCAAGCUCCUCGUCGCCAGUCCCCUCUCCCAUAAGCGUGGAAAGUCCAGCUUCCCAAAGAUCACCGCGAGCGUCUCCACUCAUUCUGGACGUAGACUCCGUAAUUAGUGAAAGGCACCAGGUGAGGGACCUAUUUUUCUCAUCAUAACACUGAAGUUCUGGCAUCUUUGACCCAUUAAUUGCAACAGAAAGUCGAAUAAUCUUUUCAUAGAUCAGUUAUUUUUAUUUGACGAAUGCAGUUCAAAUCCUAAAAUAUAAUAAAACACGGUGAUUCCAACUGGUUGGUACGUGGCAAGGCAGAUCGAAGCAGCAUGUGACUGUUGGCUGCCUUCAGUUUUGUUCUUUUACUAACGAACGACAAAAUGCAUGAAUCAGCUUUGAUUUUAAUCCACUUACUUCUUCAUAUCAGUAGAAAACUACGAAAAGUUGUCUUUAUCAUCAAAAUGCAGACAUUUCCCUUUGAGUACAUUGAAACUUUGAAACAGAAAGAGGAAAAUUCCUUUCUGAUCGUUUCCUAUCAACUCCAUGCUCCACCCCUCUAAAAACAGCCGAAUAAGCAGAAACAUGCGUGUCUUAAGAAUCACUUCAUAGCUUUCUAAAAAGCUUUUAUAGAUCGCCCUACACAGGUUUUUUUUUUGAUACGAUAACAACAUUUUGUUGAUGGGAAAAUACAGAUUCAUGACACAGAAAUUUUAAUUUCGGCCCGCCGACUAUUUUCUAGAAACUUCUGGCCGAGGCUCCAGCCUCACCCAGUCCACAACCAAGUCCAGCCGGAAGCCCUCAGACAAAAAGAAAACUGGCUCAUACAGUAUCACUUCCACAAACGUCAGUUCAUCAUUACUUGGGUAUGCAGGGACAGAGCAAAGACACUGUGGACAAGAACGACCCACCACUAACGGUACAUAUUCGAGUUAUCAUUUGCGUUUGUUUCCGUCAAUAGAAUACUCGACUGAUGUUAUGGUAUCGCGACGAGUAUUGUACUUUGACCUAAGAAAUUUUUCUUUGCUUGCGAACGGAAGUUGAAAGGAGAAUCACUUAUGUCCAGGAUUCAAGAAGCUUUUAGAAUUUUUUCAAUUUUUUGUAAUUUUCUUCAAUCCUAUUUCCCUUCCAUCUUUCUUUCUUGACUUUCUUUUAAUCUGAAAUUUGAGAGCCUGAGCAUGUAGUGGAAUGAUGUUAACUCUCAAACUCCCAUGGGUGAUAUAGACAUAAUUUUUUCUUACAAUAUCAAGCAGACAAGUGAUGACAAUAACAAAAAAUAUCAUAUAGGUGAUUAUUAAUUGAUCCAAUACCAUAUUCUCCGAACUAACAUCAUUAUAAUUGUAUGGAAGACAGUGUGGAAAAUAACUUAUGAGAUCUUGGGAGAGAAAGGGUUUAAAGUAAUUUAAGAACUGUCUGUCAAAUUUUAGCGCCGGUCAAGAAGGAAGUCAAUUGAUGACGAUGAAAUCUACGUCAAGAAAAACCGUCAAACGUCUGUGUCACUGGUAAGAGAAACGUUACUGUUGGCGAAUGCCCCUCUUCAGUGAAGCUUAACUUUUAGCUCGACUGCCUUUUUUCGUCAGAAAUUCGAAGGUGACAUCGAAAGAGAAAACGCCGAGAGUCUGGCGGCAGACAUUGCAGAGUUUCUAAACAGCCGCAAGAAACGAUCCCGAGCGGAUACAAUGCCGGUAAAAAUACACUUGAACUCUCUCUUUCCUGUUAUGUAUACGGACAAAGUAGAUUACAUAAAGGCCUUUGAUCGGGCGUUCUGUUCAUCAUGAAAGGACUGUUUCAGCGACCACCUUUAUUACUCUGGAUAAAAUUCUUAAGUAUAAAAACUAUUGCUAUAAAUUCCGGCUUCGCAUACAUCAUUUGAAAAAUAUUUUGUUCAUUUCAGAGCCCGCGAACCUCAAGAGAGGAGGAACUAAAAGGAGAAAAUCAGUCAGCGGACGAAGAGUAAGCAAUAUACUAUUUACGUUCUACAUAAGCAAUCUAUUAUUGAACCAUCAGAAAGUUUGACUGAAAAAUAAUUUAAGAAAGAGAAAAGGUAAGCCAAGUUUGCUAAAAUGCGACUGUUCUCUCUAGUGAUGCUGUCUUCACUCCAGCGCGUUCAACGCGCGCACGACGAGGCUCCGCUGUGGUGUCCAUGCCUGGGGACCACUAUCAAAUGGACCUUCAUGUACUCAAUGUUACAGGAGAGGGGAUUGGUAAGAAAAAACAAAGAAUGCAUGAUCCAGCCAUGUUGUACUGCUACAGUACAUUAUUUUAUAGUAACCCUAAGUAGAUCUAUAGUCAUACAACUGAAAGGAUACAUACUAACACGCAUGUGGAUAAUAAACAUGUGGAUAAUACAUGGUGAAAAAAACAGUCGUUUGAUGAUUCGAUAUUUUUUAUUUCAUUUUUGCCAAUCGAUUUAUUAAUUCACAUUCAAUACUUUCUCUUUCAAUGAAAAUUCACAGGUAAAUCGACAUCUAAAGUUGAAGUUUCGACCCCAGUUGUGGAAAUGAAGAACAAUAAAAGCUAUGAAAACAAACUUACAUGAAAAAGGGGCGAUUUAUUUUUCGUUAAGCAAGCCUAAAUGUCUGCAUGAAAGAUUGUCAAACUACUUUAGUUUCAAUGAAUUUAAAUGAAAAUCUCUAAGUUCAAGGAAAUUCAUAGGAGAGAUUAAAAAACUGCGAUGAAAAAGGUUAAUGACCUUGGUAAAUGUGAGUCGGUUACUAUAGAAUCUUUUAAUCCUUUACACCCUAACGACAGUAUGUAUAUUCUCCACAAUCCUCUUUAAACACUUCCUGUGGUAUUACCACUGGAAAAUUUGUCAAACAAUCAGGAGCUUAUUUAGUUAACGAUCAUAUUCAGGGUGAUAUUGUAAGGAAAAUCAGAUGACAGUCAUCCGUAUGGGUUUAAGAAUUAUUUAAGACAGCGAAAGAAAAAACUGAAUUCGUGAGAAGCCAUUUAAUAAAAAAAAUUAAUUUUCUGUUACAAUAUUAUUCACACUUUUCGUAAGUAAAAAGAAAUGACCGGAAAUAAGCACAAUUAUGAUGUAGACCUGGUGUGUAUUCUGUUCAUCAUUUUACUGCAUCGAACUUGACAUUUCGUAAACAAAAAAGGCACAUGAGAUUAUGUAUGUACUAUUGUAUAUCAGAUUAUGAAGCAAUUUUUUGUCAGCCAAUAGGUCAAGGAGACACGAUAGAAAGAUUCUGGUUUUCUAAAGUAUUUAACAAGAGUUCUAGCUCUAGAACAUUCUGUACAAUGGCCAAAGCGGAAAUACCUUUAUCAGCUUACAAGUAUAUUCGUGGAAUGUCGAGUGUUUUCGAACCACAAGAGCAAAUUGCAAUGGAGGAUAACUCAUGUGAACGCUCAUUAUCGGUUUUUAUCCAUCCUAAAUUGCUUUGUCUGAAGAUUCCACCAUUCAUUUUGAUUUUACUAGUCUUUGGGUUUUCUUGUGUUCUAUAUCAAUUAACUAUACUUCUGCGAUGCGCCUCAACUAAAUAUUGCUUUUUUUAGCGGUGAAAGCGUUUUUAAAAUUGCAUGACGAACCCCCAAAGCUGAUCAAAUUUGCAAAGUUCUGAUCACGUUUGAUAACCUCUCGGUUACUAUAAACACGGAGAAACAAAGUAAUUUAAGAACUGUCUGUCAAAUUUUAGCGCCGUUCAAGAAAUUUUUUAAUUUCAUCGUCUUCCGCUCUACGUUCAGAGGAACUGGUUUCCGAUCGUCCGCUAUUAUUUCUAAUUAUAGAGAGAUCGUUACCUAGAAAGUUCGAUUUUUCUCUGAAACUUCAUAGAGCUGACCGCUGGUGACCGUUGUUCAAGUUGUAGUUAGUUAUUGGGAAGUUUUCGCUUGUGAACGUGAAACAGUAAUGAAACAUGGGUUUCAUCGGACGCGUUAUCAACACUAAUUUGCAAUUCUGUGGUACGGUAUCAGAAUCAACAAAUUACCUUAAUUUGCUAGAAUCGAAGGACAUGCUUAAUUUUUUGUACUCUUUUUUUAACAAAAAGGAAAGACACUGAGUGUUAUCCGCGAGAAGAAGGAACUCUCAGGAUCAUCUACAUCUCUCAACAGCAUAGGUUCGUAAAACAAGUCGAUUUAAAGCAUAAUGUAUGAAUUAUCUGCUGAAAUGUCGUGACUAGUCUUGGGAUUUAUGUAAACUUUUUGUCUGUUAAUGCUGUGACACGAGGUUUAUUUUGAUAUGAGCUUUGCCGACAUUUCUGUGAGGACUGUUGACACCUGAGCUUAUAUUUCUCUAUAUUUCCUUUUUACGAUUGCAACUAUAUCCUGACCAAAUUUAUGAAUAUCUGUUUUCAGACCCAGACAAGAAAUCACGAUGGUCUAUUCUAAGAAGAAAUAAGAAAAUGGUAAUUAUUGGAGACUGUUUUGAUUUCAAUCGACUUCCUCUACGUUAUAGAUACUGCCCGGCGUUUUACUCGACAUUAACCUUUUUUGCUUACUUUGAUCUCGAUAGUUGCUACUCAAAGAUAAACAACCCAGACAAGGGGAAGAUUUCAAAGAAAGUUUGGCUCGCAUGAGGGACAACCCAAAAGCCAUUGUAACACACGAACUGGCUGAGUUUAAGGUUAGUUAAGAAGCAAAGUAUAUGAAUUGAUUACGGCCAUCAACUUGUUUUGUUAUUUUUAGAACACCCAAACGUGACACUGUAGCCUUUGUCAUGUCUCGAGUGACACUUUAAAAAAGAUAUUGCAAAAUACAGAUAACAAACUCAUGAUCACGUAUUCAAACUUGACAAACGGAGUACAAAAAGUGAAUGUUGGUCCCUAAACAAUUGAACGGUGUUCUUAAUAGAGUCGGAUAUUUUGAUGAACUUUUGUAUUUACAAAAUAAGAAAGUCAAUUGUAUCUUGCAAGACUUUUUGUAGAACUGUUGUCGAUAUAGUCACUCAGGGGCAUUGAAUCAAAGUUCCUGUGAUACCUUUAAUCUGGGUAACCUUGUUUCUCUAAACCCACUGAGCCAAUCUUAUCCGCACUGAUAAACUACAUACAUGAAGAUGAUUGCUGAGAGAGAUCAUUUAAACGGCCUCGUUUGCACGUUUGACACAAACAUUUAUGGAAAUGGCCCAAUUGUUGUGGGGCAGGAGGGGCUGGCCACUGGGUCCUAAAUUCAUCCCAUUACUGCGUUAACAAUUCAUGGCUUUCAGCGAAAGCUUGGAUUUUUGUCAAACGGAUCAUGUGUUCGACACGUUUACCCUAGCGCGCGAUAAAGGUUUUGAGUUAGUGCCAAUUGUUUUUUUUUUCAGUCGUAAAUAUUUCAUAUACAUCAUCGCAUGCCCGUCAAUACAUGCCUUAAAAGCAACAAACUUUCAAAAGUGUGGUCAUGUUUGUCAUUUGAAGCUGAAUCAAUCUACUCUUUUGUUGAAAAGACAUUUCAUCUCAACAAAAAAUAGGGCAUUGAGACGUGAUGGACCUUUUCGCUUUUCAGUGAUUACUGCAAAUCGUCCGUGAAGUAAGACAAAUAUCUUUAAAAAUCGGUUAUUUUUUUUAAACUAUUUUUUUCUUAUAAGAUAUCAGCAACUUCCUGCAUAUUUUAGCACCACUCCCACACACGGAUACACAUACCCACACGCAAAAUUCUAGUGCUGUUUUUUCUUACGAAUUCUCGUAAUUUUUCAACAUCAAAAUAUUCAUGCAGCAAAACUAUUGAUAGAGAAUAAUUUCUCAUUAAGGAUGAGAAUUCUGAACUGUCAUGACAAAUUCAUAAAACAUGAAAUUACGAUCUCGUCCUGAUUUCAUAUAAUCAUAAAUUUAAUUUUCCGCUCGGCGUUUUCUUGUUGUGGCAAACUUAAAACACUUCCAAAAUCAAUCGAUGAUGUUAUGGGACAAAGUAAAAAAUCUGAAUAAAAUCUAAAAUUUCUGAAUGUCUUUUUAAUUCACAGAAUAGUCACUGGACGCAGCUUAUGGGUCAGAGCACAGAGAAUUGUCCGAGGAGGCCUCGGUCUGAUGGUAUCAGAGCGCUGUCUGAUCAUGAGACCAAAAGACGCGAAGCAGUAUGGGAACUGUUUCAUAGCGAGGUCAUUUACCUGAUGAGUCAUCUACUGGUUCUUAAAGAGGUAAGACUUCUCUGCGUAAGGUUUGCAAGGAAUUACCGGGACCCAAGGCGUACUUAUUUCAUUCCCUGCCGUUAUUUUGGGGACCUGUCAUAAAGCGUCGGGGGGGAAGGGGGGGGGGGGAUUUUGGUUGUGUCACGAUAACAUUUAUCAGAUCCUCCUAUAGGGCUACGUAAUACUCUUAUGGUCCCCUCCUAGUUGACCGUUAAUUCUUAGUCAAUGGCAAUGACUGACCCCCCCUCUGUUUCUCCUGAGAACCAUGCGAUACCCUCCCCUCAAGGUGAUAAAAAAAUGACUGGUUCCAAAUAUGUCUGAGUACAACCUAGUGGCUUCAUACAACACUUGUUGUUUCACAUAUUCUAUCUUUCAUUCCCCUUAACUUCAGCAAUUUCAAAAGUUCCAGUGGUAAAAUUCUAUUUUCUAAGAAAUCUGCUCACCAGUUGUGUUCUGAAAUUGAAUUUUAUCACAAAUUUUUUUCUAUAUUUUCUAUUUGUCAUUGUUUCAUUUUUCAUCCAUCACCACAGGUGUUCCUUGAACCUUUAAAAGAGAUCCAGCAAAUGGCGCAUUUACAGCAUGUGGACGUCAAUAAGAUCUUCUGUAAUGUUCAGGACCUGUGUGAGGUAAAACCAGUAGGACACUUUAGGUUCCUUUAUACCAAUAGUACUCCUAACAUUCCCCACUUCAAGGCAACAAGCUUUGAACUUGAAAGCUGAAUAAGCACACUUGUUACACGGAUUUACCUUCCCUCUUUCAAAGGGAGGAACGUUUUUGGGUUUGUCUGAUGUUCCGAGAAAUCUAUCGAUCAAAGUGUACGAUAUUCUAGCAGUAAUAACUAUAGACAAGAGAAUAUCAUUUGAGACACUUUUGUGAAGGAAACAUAAUUGGGAAGCUGAAAUAAAGCUUGACAUUUAAUUUUUACGGAGAAAGAUCUUGGGUCAGAAAAAAACUCACAGUUGCAUCGUUUCAGGGAAGCAUUGGCUCGUUCACACGCACAUACAAAUAUUGAACUUAAGAUUACACUGUAACGAUGACUCCAACUAUCGAAGAAGUAUUAUUCUUUAAGAGGGACACCAUAUUCAUAAUUCUUGUGAAAAACACUUUCAUCGUUUGACCGUGUUAUAAAUUUCCUUUUCAUAACAUUCGUUUUACAGGUCAGCACUCGAUUCGCAAAGAAUCUUCUGCGUGUAUUCCAAAGUGAACAACCCACACAGUUUGGAAGUACUGCUUCUGUUGUUUCGGCUUUUACUGAGGUUGGUAUUUCUACUAUAUUGCCUUUCCUACUUUGCUCUCAUUCCAUUUUGUUUAACUGCCUUGUGAGACUUCACCUUUGUUUUCUGUCGUUUUUCCUUAACAGUUUAGUCGAAAGGUUCACCCGCAGUAUCAGCGGUAUUGCUUGAAUUACUCCAAAGCCCUUAGUUAUUUGGAUUCCCUGAAGAAGGACGAAGACUUCCAAGACUUUAUUAAGGUAAAACUUAGUUUUCUGCACUGCAUUUCGAAUUUUUUUCUACGUAUAAAUCCUGGUUGUCCAACCCAGGAGACUAUCUCUGUAAAAAACUCGUUAAGACUGAGCUAAUUCAUCUUCAGUCUUUCAAUAUUUAUAGUUAUAAAUCACGUGAAAGCAACAGUAGAAAAGGAGUUUGAGGUAGCUUGACAAUGAGCGAUUGGUUCAUUGGCCCAGAAAUUGUGCGUCGUGCACGUACGAUACGGACGCAGGAGACACGUAAAAUGAUAGGCUAGAAACAGUAUUACUCCAGCCUUACUAUUUUGACAACAUUUUUCUUUUUCGUUUACCAUUUAUACUUGUAUUUAUCUUUAGUGGUGUGAGUCCGACAGUAGAUGUAAUAGACUCCAAAUCACAGAUCUUUUAGUGGCACCACUCCAACACCUUACAAAAUAUCCUCUGCUACUCAAGGUAUGUAUUAGAAGCAUUUAAAGCAUACUUUUUCUCUAGCAACCAUAGUAUUUUUCCUUCUAUCCUUCGAACGUAUGAAUGAAAAGUUACCAGCUGACACGUCUUAGCUUCUAAGAGUAACCUAGCCGUUAAAAUCGUUUUAAAAUGCGCUAAAAGUUCAACUACAUUUGGGACAUGUUGGCGGCGUUCUUAGUAGAAUUAGCACCUUCGAGAAAGAUUUUCGGAAAUGAAGGUUACGGUUUGAUGUAUCAAAAUGCGGUCAUUGUCAUAAUAUUUUAAAUACCUUUUAGUAGCGGACAUGAAAAUGAUAUAGUUUCUGGGAUAUACUUCUCCUUUAAAAUAGACAUGAGUACCGAGGAAAUAACUUUUAAAUUCGUGAACAAUCUGUCACUGAAUCGGAUGAUUCUAUUUUACUUACAGAACAUCAGAAAAAGAACUGCUGAGGGAGAUGAGCAACAUGGUUCUCUUUCGUCUAUCAUCAAAGCAGUAGAACUUUCAAUACGUAAGUAAAUGUAUUUGCUGGUUUAUUAACCAAUGUUAUUGUGACAGUACGAAAUGACAUUGAUUCAGAACAUGACAUCCAAUUCGGGCUUAAUUUUUUUCUUGCAGAGGAAUUAGAAGGCAAAGUGAAGUCCCGCGCAAACUAUGAAAGAUUACAAGAACUUCAAAGUAGUUUAGUUUGGCCUUCCAUUACUGAGCUGGAUCCAAAGACAUAUGUACCCGAGGUGAGGUGUUGUUAUUGAUUUCUAGAAUAACUGAGACAAAACGCAUGCUCAGAUUCUUUCGUCGAAAAUCUAUCGUUUAUUGAUGAACUCAUGGCUUUUCGAUAAGAACAUUAAACUGCACGUUCAAAUGAAAGUUCCUUGUCAUUGGGGAAACACCAAAACACUUUUUCAUGUUGCCCUACGGUUGAAAACUACCAAAUGGCUACAGUCAAUCAUAGACGGAAGAGAUAACAUCAUUUUCCAUCAUAUCCAUUCAAGAUAACUCACAAAAACAUUUUGAAAAAGGAAAACGGAGGAGUUAUAAUUAUCCGCCUCUUAGUUGUCUUUGGAUGAUAACUUCUUUUUGUAAAUAUUCUGUUUUUUCUGUGUAGUUUUUGAGAGGAAUACUAUCAAAGCAACCCUGUGAAAGCCUAUUAGCAAGUCCAAAAAGACAACUGCUGUACGAAGGACCUCUCAUGUUAAUUGGUAAGUUAUCACCAAAACUUGUACGUAAUUACUCACUGGCUCACAGCGAUUUCUGAACCGAAUACUCAUGGAGAACUAUACUGUGAAAUGUAACUGAAACAUAUUGCAAAUCCCAGACAGAAUUUGAUCAAUUAAAACAUUCUAACUCAACAAACGAAAGGCAGAACGAUUGUGUUUGGUUGAAAUGCUCAGUUAACACACGUACCCAACUUCUUUCGAUGCCUUAUUCUCUUUCAGAAAACGCCAAAGUCGAUGUUUAUGCAUUCCUGUUCGACGACAUGCUUCUUUUAACCAGAUUCAGAAAACUUCCUCUAAAAGUAAACAAGGUAUGAAACGAGAAAGAGUUUGUACUACCUUGUAUUUAAAGAUUUCGCAAUUUAUUCUAUUCGGGAAGAAAUGAGAGAACAUCAAAAUGUUAUAACCCUAUAUCUUAGCAUGUUGUUGAUUAUGGUUCAUAUCUUUCAUUUGAUCAGAAACUGAAUCUGGCCGGAAUGACAGAUAGUCCCCCACCCACUCCUCCCGUGGUCAGACGCAGCAUGUCGGGAGCGCAAUACACAGUUUACAAACAAGUACGUAAUUCAAAAUGCGUAAGACACAUUAUCUUUACUCCUAAACUCCAUAGCUGUGCUUUAAUAGUUCUCUCUGUUGAAGAUAAACAGUGACGUGAUUCUGAAUAGUUCAUUUGAUCAGGAAACGAAUCAAUUCCAAAGAACUAGCGUGUUCUUUGAUGAGUGAUAUGGUUUAUUAAAUCUUCUUAGAAUUGCUUUUCAAGUUAUUCACGAUGCUCAAUAUUGUUCACUCUGUCAAUCUUUCAGCCAAUACCACUGGACAGAUUCAUUAUUAUUGAUGCCGAAGCCACACAUGCAGGUAAUUGUUUUCGUAACACUUGUGAAAAAUAUUUUUUGCGAAUCUAUAUAUUCUUUAAGAAUGAGGGAUGUGUUUCACGUUGACUUGACAUCUGUUCUGUUGCGUUCUUUUAGGAAGCACGUUAAAGAACUCGUUCAUAAUAAUCCACUACAGCAGAUUUAAACAAACAGUGGGAUUGUACACGCUACAAGCACCGUCACAAAAUCUCAAGGUAACAUCGUGUACUUGAAAUUUUGUAAAAUUAAAAAACUGUGUCCGUCCUUUUCCUUAGAUUUUCCAGCAACGGUAGGAAAAUAAACUAUUGUGUGCUGCAAACUUUCUGAUAAUUUUUUCCCCAAAUUACUCACAGGAAACCUGGACAAGCACACUGAAAGCCGCUCAGAGUAAAUGGUCAGAGGCGGUGGCACUUGAAUUGGCUGCGGAAACAGAAAAAAUGAGCGCCUUUCAGACUAUCAGUGAAAAAGAAGUUGAACAAGAAACAGAACCUAAGUCCCCUGACGACACAACCUUGAGUCAAACUCAAAUGCUGUCUUAUUACAAACCCAUUGAAUCACAGUGUUGACGAUAAAUUUACUAUAACCGUCAAAGUGCGGGACAUUGGUAGAACUGUUCUUUAUACUGUUUGCGGGGUCACAGACAGAUUACACGUCUCGAUACAGACGAAGAAAUUAUAAAGAAUGCCUCGCCACAAACAAUUGAUCCAAUCACUGCUGAUCAACGAGGUUAUAAGAAGCGUAAUAGAAUGUUUACAAUUGGACAUCCAUGUGUUUUAGAAAACAAACGAACUGUAAAUAAUGAACACAAAAAAAAAAUUGUACGUGGUCUAUCGAGACACAUCACACAUGUGUUUCGCAAUUUAUUGAAGUGGUAUUUCCUCCCCAAGCAGACCCAAUCGAGACCCAAGGCUCGACUAUUAAACAGCAUAACCAUACAUGCAUGGUCACUCUUGACUAGAUUUGAAAACUUUCGUUUUGUUCAAUAUUGUGUACAUAUGUUCUUCGCGGAUGCAGAGUAAUCUCCACAUUCAAAAGAGAAUUAUGCGCGUUUAUUAAUGGCUCAAAUGUAAACUGAUGUUAAAUCUGAUCAUGAUAAAGUGAAAAUUUGACUCCAUAUUACCACUAAGACAUUUUUGUACAAAUCAGGUUAAUUUUUUGUUAAUCAGUUGAUUUUGUAAAAUACGUUCUAGAUAGGGAAUGUGAAAGUAGACAUGAUAAUCCCAACGAAAUACCUUAACAUCAUUAGUGUCUUUUUUAUUGUAUUUAAAUUUGUAACUGGACCAAUAAUCGUACAUUGCAUAAUUUCAGAUAGAUGGAGGGCUAUGAUUAUAACAAGAUUUCCCGUCC